UCUCGCUCGGUGGUGGGGGGGCGGAAAAGGUCGACGAUCCACCCUAGGGGCGAGGGCGUCGAGGGAGAAAGCUUAGGAGGGGGGACGGAUCGGGAUCAAUCCCUUCUUCUAGGGGCCUCCUUUUCCUGGCUUCGAUUCCGAUCUCUCUCUCUCGGAGAGCGGCGCCAAAUCUCGCGAGCUUUCUGAUUUGGGCGCGGAUACUGCUGCUCGUGAUUCGAUCUUGCUGCUGCCUCUGUUCGUCCGCCAGCUCCGGCGAGCGGGGAGGCGGUGGGUGCCUUGGUGGUGGUCGAGCCAUGGGGAAUUGCUGGGGCGCCAAGAUCAGCUCCGACAACAGCUCCUCGUCCCCUUCAGGGGCAACUUCCAAGUUUGCUAGUAGGAAUGGAGCAACCUUGAGCAACUCCAGCAGCUAUGUCUCGGUCGCGUCAGUACCACGGAGCGAGGGCGAGAUUCUAGAGUCAGCAAAUGUCAAGGCAUUUACCUUCAAUGAGCUCAGGACCGCAACAAGAAACUUCCGUCCAGACAGUGUGCUUGGCGAGGGAGGGUUUGGAUCAGUCUUCAAGGGGUGGAUCGAUGAGAAGACUCUUACCCCAACUAAGCCAGGCACCGGGAUGGUCAUUGCUGUCAAGAAGCUUAACCAGGAAGGCUACCAGGGUCACAGGGAAUGGCUGGCUGAAGUAAAUUACCUAGGACAACUAUCGCACCCGAAUCUUGUAAAGCUCGUGGGGUACUGUGUUGAAGACGAACAGCGGCUUCUUGUCUAUGAGUUCAUGCCUCGUGGGAGUUUGGAGAAUCAUCUCUUUAGGAGGAGUUCACAUUUCCAGCCACUCUCCUGGAACCUCCGGAUGAAAAUCGCCAUUGGAGCAGCGAAAGGUCUUGCGUUUCUCCACAGUGACAAGGCUAAAGUCAUCUACCGUGAUUUCAAGACCUCAAAUAUCCUCUUAGAUGCGAGCUAUGACGCAAAACUCUCAGAUUUUGGUCUGGCAAAGGACGGGCCGACCGGUGACAAGAGCCAUGUGUCCACAAGGGUAAUGGGGACAUAUGGGUAUGCUGCACCAGAAUACCUUGCAACAGGCCAUCUGACCACAAAGAGCGACGUGUUCAGCUUCGGCGUGGUCCUCCUGGAGAUGCUGUCAGGGCGGCGCGCUGUGGACAAGAACCGCCCGAACGGGGAGCACAACCUGGUGGAGUGGGCGAGGCCGUACCUGACGAGCAAGCGGCGCAUCUUCCGCGUCCUGGACGCCCGGCUGGGCGGGCAGUACUCUCUCACCAGUGCCCAAAAGGCAGCGUCGUUGGCGCUGCAGUGUCUCUCUGUGGAGUCCAGGCACAGGCCAAGCAUGGAGCAGGUUGUCACGGUCCUGGAACAGCUCCAAGAACCAAACGAAAGAGGGGACAACCCUCACCCGCAGGCACAGAAGAAGCCGAGCAGCAACCGGAGCUUGACUGGCUCGAAACCGUCGUCGAUGAAGCCAGUUUGAAUCGAGAGGAUGAUAGCAAGGUAUGUACUAUAUGUAUAGAGAGAGAUGUGUAUUUGACUGUUGAGGUGUAAUUUAGUAGGAUCUUAGAUACCUGUGAAUGAAGAGGCAGCAGAUUUGUGAAUCUUUAAUUUGUGCCUUGUAUUUAGGGCGGGUUUUUUGGGGGAGCUUCUUCUAGCCUUUAUCAUGUACAGCUUACAUAUACACUCUUAGCUUGUCUCUGUAUGUAGCUUUCUGUUUUGUAUAUGCUUGGCGGCUAUGAUUCUGAGGCGCA